AUGGUAACGGGUUUCAGGAAAAUCGACACUGACCAAUGGCAGUUUGCGAAUGAGGCCUUCCGCAAAGACCAAAAACACCUGCUCAAAAACAUCAUCCGGCGAAAGCACCCACAGAACCAAACAGAGAAAAAAGCUGUCCUUCACAGAGAUGAGGAACCCGAGGAUGACAAGAGACUUGCCCUAUGGAAAGAGGUGGAGACUCUGAAGAUUGACAAAAUUGCCCUUACCCAGGAGUUGAAGAAGCUGAGUCAGCAGCAGCAGGUGUCAAAAAGCAAGAUGUUGGUUUUGAGGGAGCAGCUGAAGGGCAUGGAGAAGAACCAGCAGCAGAUGCUCUCUUUCAUUGUGAUGGCCAUGCAGAACCCCGAAUUCAUGCUCCAGUUUUUCCAGCCCAAGGAGAACGCCACGUGGCGCGUGUCCGAAAACGGGAACACCAAAUUGAGCGAAGUCACGGACGAUUGUGGUGAGACGGCAAUAGUGAGAUACGGGCAAGUGGGGCCCACGAGGGCUGCUGUGGAAGCUUCCGGGUCCUUUUCUGGGGAUGGUUUGAUGGAGUUGGAUUUAUCUGUGGACGAGAUUAGGGAGCUUUUCAUGGAUAUUGAUGAGUUGCUUGAGGAAAAAUCGGUUCCCGUAGAAAGUCACGAGGUGUUUGUGGUUCCGAGUGCGGACGAGAGUGAUGAUAUGCUCGAGAAGCUUCUUCUUCCCUACCCAUCAAUGGAAAAUGGGGGGCUUGCUGAGUUGGAAUCUGCUAGUCCUGGGCAGAAACAGAUUGGGUUGACUAUAGAAUCUGAUGAGUCGGAUGAUUCUGGUAAUGAUGUGGUUGAUGAUGUCAGCGGGGAGUCAGUAGAUGCUUUAGCUGAACGAAUGGGAGUUUUGACUUCUGAAAUUAUUAGGGGAAGUUGA